AUGGAUGAUCUUCAGUAUUCUCUUGACCUUUUCAAACACUUAGGGCAUCGCUCAGUUUUACCUUUGGUUUCGCACCCUAUUUCUACGACACGCCAAGCUGCAGCGACUGGCGACCUUCCUGAUCUGAAUAACGUCCAAGGCGAUGUUAUAUAUCUCUUUCCUAAAAAAGCCGAGAACUUCGUAUUCUUCAGGAUCAACAGCGUAGUAUCGUUCAGAACUGCUCUGCAAUCCUUCAAGCCAACGACUGCGGAAGACGUGAAAGACAAUCUUAUCUCGAUCGCUGUGGCAAAGGCAAACGCUCAUGAACCAAGCAGUGUCCCGACAGUCGAUAUCGCGCAAUACCAGAUUUCAUUCAGCCGUGCCGGCCUGUAUUUCCUUGGCGUGAACGAGGACACUGGAGAUGUUCGCUUCGACAAGCGCUGCAUGAAUGACGACAAGGAACUCAUUGGCGACACAAAACAAUGGGACCCUAUGUUUGUCAAAGCAAAAUCUGACCCGGUGAACGGAUCAGUGCGUGACGAUACUGGAGCUCUGCAUGGUGUCAUUACUGUCGCCGGAAGCAGCGCCGAGACUUGCACCAAAGCUUCAAACGAGGUCAUAGACCUAUUUGGCUCAUCGAUAACGCCAGUGGAAGGAAGGGCUCGACCACCCCCUUACAAAGGGCAUGAGCAUUUCGGCUUUCGAGAUGGGAUCUCCCAACCUUGUCUACGGGGUCUUGUUAUUCCUCGUGCUGGCCAGCUUCAAGUUGAUCCUGGAGUGAUUAUAAUGGGAUAUCCAGGAGAUCCUGUACGGGACGAUCCGACUACCAAGGUGAAACGUCCGGCCUGGACCAAGGAUGGGACGAUUUCGGUGUUCAGGAAGCUCGAGCAAUCCGUCAUCUCUUUCGAGAAUCAUGUGCAGAGGAAUGGGCCUCGUUGGCGCGAGUUCAUUCCAGGAGGCGAUAUAUCUCCUCCACUCAACAACAAGAAGCUGAAGAUCUCUUCGGGGCACGGUUUAUUGGGAGGUGGAAAUCGUGAUUACUACUGCCCAUUCACUUCACACACACGCAAGAUCGCGCCACGUAAUUUGUAUCCUUACAUCGACGCUAAAUUCCUCGGAUCGGGUUCGAUAGUACGUGCAGGGCUCCCGUAUGGUGAUGAGGUGAGAAAAUUCACAGACAUUUUACCUCGCGGGCUUCUGUUCAAUUGCUAUAUGUCCAGCUUGGACUCAGGAUUCGUUCGUCAUAUGAUUGGAUACGCGAGAAAUGAUUACUGGCCCAUGACAUCCCUAGUGCCACAGAAGAAGGGUCAGGACCCUGUCAUUGGUAGCCCGCCAGUAUAUACACCUGCUCAGCUCGAAGGCCCAUCUCCCUUAGUAAAUUCCGGGGAUAAAGUCGACCUACAACUCGCCGGUGCGGAUGGUGCAACGUUCGAGGUGUGCGGAUUCGCUAAGGUUACCCCUGAGGGUGUGAUUCCACCACCCGGUGAACCGAACCCCUUCUUCAUUGCUGCGAGGGGAGGAGAAUACUUUUUUGUUCCUUCUGUCUCGACCUUGAAAAGUUGGGCUAGUGCAACCACUACUACUACAACUGAAGUUUGCACACUGGCGAAGGAGCAGAAAGCAACGGUCGAUGAUACCAGCAAGGAUUUAUAUGGCCGUUUGUCAUCCUCUACUCAGGUUAAUACCUUCGAUGUCGAGGACAUAUACGUCACGAAUGAGCAGUGUGACAAGAACGUUCAAAUCCGUCUCAACGCAGAACAGAUGGACGACAACACGAUAUCCCAGAUCAAAGAGGUCAGUCUUCCGAUUUCCGUUGGCCUGCUAGACAUGACGGCUGGUGCAGGUUAUUGGUUUCCAUCUCAAACACGAGUACUGCCAGGGUGA